AUGAGCUACAGUCCGCGAAGUCCAGGCGCAGAGGAACAACAAAAGAAAGAUGACGCUGCCUGGGAAGAGCGCAUACAGCAGCUUGUCAAACUUUCCAACCCCAGACCUAGACCACUAACGCCUGACGCUACGUGUUCAAAAGCUCCAGUAGCACGUUUUCAGAAGUCUUGCCAGUGGUUUAAGAUACCACCAUAUAUACGCAGGGAUAUCCUUCGACUAGCACUUGGAGAUGCACGUCUUCAUCUUCAAUUAAUCCACGGCUACCAAGAAGAUACUUUCGCUGAACCAGAUCGACAAGGCUGGCGAUGGAGAAGCUCAAGAUGUCAUCGUCUCUCGCCGGACGAUAUUACACAAGGGCAUGCUAUGACUAAUGGUGGUCUUCCCGGGCCGUGGGCCGAUGGAUGCCAUUUGAAAGGUGCGCCUAUCGGUGUAAUGGGUUGGCUUCUAUCUUGUCGUCAGAACUACUCCGAGACGAUAGAAAUACUCUAUUCAACUAAUAUCUUGAUAUUGAACGGGCAGGCAAUGAUGAUUCAUCUCCAUCAAUUGAUACCGCCACAAAGGCUCGAGACCGUUACGUCCCUUGAGGUUAGAUGGUAUCUAAAAACGCGCUUCACAUCAUGGGACGACACGAUGGAUAAAUUAGAUGAAGAUCAUCUUGAGAGUGUCUUCAAUCAGCUAUCCUCACCAUACUUCCCAGCACUGCGUAACCUGUAUAUCACGCUUGAAGACUCAUCCCAAGCCCGUCUUUCUAUUAAUGCAAUGGAAAACUACCAGGAGAUCAUUCACAAACACCUUUAUAACUUCUCGCAGCGAAUGAGUCGCUUGAAACAAUUCUCUUGCGCAUUGCCCUCCACCUUCUUUGAGCAUAUCUACCAGGAAGCGACGGAAGAAAUUCGAGGAAGAUCUGCUAUAGAGUACGAGUCAUACCGACAAGUCUGGCGUGACUCCGAUGGUCAAAUGACAGUUGUUCGAAUACCGUACGUUGAUAAUUAUCCUGGUCCGCCGCAUCAUAUACUUCAGAACAGUAACAGUGGAGGCUUUUGGAUCCUUGAGAUACCUGAUGGAGACUGA